UUUUGCUGUCAAAAUCUUAUUGACGGUCGCAAAUUUGUGUUUUAGUGCAGGGAAUUAAACAACAAUUUUUCUUUCUUGCCCUAAGCCAAAAGCAAGUACCGUGUUUUGAUGACUGGGGAUAGCGAAAUGCGUAACGAUAGCACCGAAGAAGAUGCAGAGGGCGGUGUAAUCGAUGUGGCGCACUAUCGUAAGCUGGUCAAAAUGUUUAUUGAUAUGCGGCGCUACCAGACGGCUCUGUUUUGGGCUGAAAAAGUGUGUGUACUCAGUCAAAAUGAUCCUAAGGAUGUUUAUUGCCAGGCUCACUGCAUGUUCCUCCUAAAAGAGUACCACCGGGCUGCACAUUUAAUACGUCGUUUCGGAUUAGAGAAGACGCACAUUUCGAGUUACAGUCUGAUUCUGGAAAGCCUUUAUGAAGCAAAGGAACUUAAUGAAGCUGUUAGUGUUAUAAACACCAUUGACAUUGAGUUUCUGGCAUCGACAUUAAUAACUCAACCGCUGGGCCAUGGGUCUAUAGGAUGCCAUUCUACAUUUAAUAUUGAAGAGGCAAACAAAAACGAAGUUAUGGCAUCCAUUAGUUUUAUGAAAGGAAAAAUCUACGAAGCUUUAGAUAAUCGAGGAUUGGCCAUGGACUACUACGUGCAGGCGCUACAUAAAUCAGUAUAUUGCUUCGAAGCGCUCGAAGCUUUGGUACAACACGAAAUGUUGAUGGCUUGGGAAGAGAAAGAGUUAAUGCAACAUUUGCCGCUUGCGCAGCAUUCGAGUGAAACCGAUGCAAAAUUCAUAAAGAAAUUAUACGAGUCAAAGCUUAAAAAGUAUUACGAAUCCAUUGAUCCAUCUACUGGUGAUCAGACGAUUAAAGAUUUGAGUGAGAAAAUAAAAAAAAAUCAAGCAUCUGAUGCGCAUCUGCACAAGAACAUACUGUCAAAGUAUAUGGCGCCACAGAUUAUGUCACCUGCAAACAAGGUACUUGAAGAUCUGAAAAAUACUCCAUUCUCCUUGCAAAUAAGUCUCACACGUGCAUCAUCGCUUAUCAACGAAUCGAAUCGUUCACACAUGGAUACGCCCGCACGCGAUCGCACGCCAAAAGAGGCAGACAAUAAAAAUAUUUUACCGCUUGCCAUGUGCCUAAGUCGCAUACAAAAGAGCACUGAUAUUAUGGCCGCUGAGGCAGAGAAACUGUUCUAUGAUUGCGAAUAUAAGAAAAGUUAUAAAAUCUUGCAAGAUUUACUGAAAGCGGAUCCCUAUCAUAAUGCUGGUUUAACACUACAAAUUGGUUGCUUGGUCGAAUUCGGUGAUUAUAACAAGCUCUUCUACGUUGCUCACAAACUUGUCGAUCGGUAUCCUGAUAAGGCCAUCUCCUGGUAUGCCGUUGGUUGUUAUUACGAUUUGAUUGGCAAGAGCGAUCCAGCGCGCAGAUAUCUCUCCAAAGCAACUUCACUCGAUCGCCUGUAUGGACCCGCAUGGCUGGCUUACGGUCAUUCCUUUGCCGAAGAAAAUGAGCACGACCAGGCUAUGGCUGCCUAUUUCAAAGCUACACAACUCAUGCGUGGUUGCCAUCUACCACUACUUUACAUCGGAGUGGAAUGUGGGCUUACGAAAAACCUGGAGCUGGCGGAGAAAUUCUUUUAUCAAGCUAUGUCCAUAGCGCCGCUAGAUGUCUUUGUGCUGCAUGAGCUGGGCGUAAUCAAAUACGAAUAUGAAUUCUACAAGGGCGCUGAAGAAGUUUUCCUCCGUACAGCGGAAAUUGUGAGAGCGCGCGCAAAGGAAAAUAAGGAGGAGCUCUCUGCGCGUUGGGAACCUUUAUACAAUAAUUUAGGUCACUGUUGCCGUAAGCGCAAGAAGUACAAAGAGGCUUUAACAUAUCAUCAAUAUGCGCUUUUGCUCAAACCUCAAAGCUCACAAACGUAUACAGCAAUGGGUUUUGUGUACGCACUCAUGGGAAACCUCGAGGAGGCCCUUACCUACUUCCAUAAAAGUUUGGCUAUCAAUCGCGAUUGCAUUGUGACAACAACUAUUUUGAAAACAUGCAUUGAGGAUCUCAUGAAUGAAGAAACCAUUAUCGAUGACAUAUGUGGCAGAGAUUUUAGUGGCACAACAUCAUCUUCAUCAUGCAAGUCAGCCUCGAAACGUCUACCAACUAUUGAAGAGUCACCGGCGAAAUUGAAUUGUAUAAAGUUGAAAUUUGACGAAGAGGAUAACACAACAAAUCCGCCAGAUAAGUCUGAUAGUAAUGUAGUAAUGGAUGUCAGUAUGGAUUUGUAGUCAAUGCAAAAAGAAGAAAAAUAAAAAACAAUUUUUUUUUUCAAUAUACAAAUGAAAAAAAUACAG